AAGUGGCCCUGAAACCUGAGCUCCAUUCCGCCACUCUGUUCCAUCUGAUCCUAUCUACACCAGAGUCUGAUGAAAGUCUUUCCUGGUGCUGGGGCUGUGUGUGGUUUGUAUCACCAUGGCAUCAGCCUGGAUAGCAAUGUUUGCCACGCUGCUGCUGGCAUUUGUGAAUGGAACAAAAGAUGAGGUUCACACGUCCCCGUCUGUGGAGGUACAUACUUCCACCCCUGUGGUGGCUUUGGGUUCACCGGUGACUGCCUCUUGCGUCAUCAGAGAUGACUGCCCCCUGAUAAAGGGACAAGCCGUUCACAUUGUCUGGCACCUCAACCAACGCCUUAUUCCCAGCGGUCCUGCAGCAGCCAAUGAGAGUGGUGGAAACUCUGCAGCAGCCAAUGAAAGUGGCUGGAUCUCCACAGUUUUAUAUUCUGCAGCCAAUCAGAGUGGCUGGAACUCAACAGUGUCUAUACCUAGCUUCACGGACACCAGGGGAUAUCUCACGUGCUGUGUCCUCCACACCUUCCCGUGCCAGAUUGUAGGAGCAGUGGAGAUAAGAGCUGGAUUUCCACCCCCAGCACCACAGAACCUUAGCUGCCUGACUAACCUGACCAAACCGGAAACCCUCUCAUGUCAAUGGGACCCAGGACAGGACACCCACCUGCCCACACAGUACACUCUCCACACCGAGAUCAGGGACUUACAAGAGAGCAACACUUACGUGCUGCCGCCAGGGGCACAACACUACAGGAUACCACGUACCGGCUUUGUUCUCUUCUCAGAGAUAGAAAUAUAUGUCAAGGCGGUGAAUGCCUUGGGUCAAGCCACCUCAACACCUUUGCUUCUGGAGCCCAUGAAGUCAGCCAAGUUUGACCCUCCAAAAGUUCUGAAGGUCCAAGCAGAGCCAAACAGGUAUGGCUGCCUAAGGCUCAGCUGGUGUCUCUCUGAACAGCAAGCAUGGGUGACCAUCGUGAGCUUGGAGGUGCGACAGAAAACAGCAAACAGCAAGCAGUGGAGUGAAGAACCAGUCCCAGUGCCCCGCUUAGUGCGCCAGAGACCCAUGGAGGUGUGUCGUCUGCUCCACGGGACAGAGUACCACAUCCAGAUACGGGUCAGGUAUCACCAGAGUCCAUGGAGUGAAUGGAGUAACAGCAAUACUGCAGUCACGCUUGAGAGGGCUCCCACCGGACGACUCGACUAUUGGAUGACGGUAUCUGGGGAGCAGAGGCAAAAGCAUCUCAGUGUACACUUGCUUUGGAAGCCAUCGAAGCAGUUUCGUGCCAAUGGCAAGAUCCUGUCCUAUGUUGUCUCGCUCCAGAGACAACCCACGAAAAAGCUACAGUUGUGCGUCACAUUGGAUAGCCACUGUGUUUUCCAGCUUCACAGGGGGGCAAGGAAAGUCUUCCUCAGUGCUGGGAACGCUGCAGGGGCAUCCAGCCCUACUGAGGUGGAAGUGUUUCAACAUAGAGCUCUGGCAGCAGUCUCUGACGUCAAUGUCCUUCCUCAUGAUGAGCGAUCACUACUGGUCCAGUGGACAAGCAUACAUUCAUCCAGUGUCACAGGCUAUGUGGUGGAGUGGAGGCCAUUGUGGAAAAUGGACCCUUCCCUCAUCUUGUUUGACCAUAUUGACAGGAAUCAAUCCAGCACUCUAAUAUCAGAGAGCAUCGAGCCGUACAAGCCCUAUGGGAUCUCUGUGUAUCCUAGGUAUAAGGAAGGGAUUGGCCUUCCUCAAACCAUCGAGGCGUACUCUAGACAAAAGGCCCCAUCUGCCGCCCCAAAUCUGAGGGUGAGGGAGACGUUAUAUUCUCGUAUUGAGCUUACCUGGGAGGAGAUUCCACUAUGCCAGAGAAAUGGGAUCGUGCAGAGCUACCAGAUCUUCUACUGGGAUGAGCAGGGAAACACCAAAGUAGUGACUGCUGAGCUGGAAAAGAGGAGGGUGGUUCUAGAAGAGCUCAAUCCUUCGUCCUCAUACAAAGCCUUUAUCAUGGUUAGCACAGGUGGCGGGAGUCUGAACGGAUCAGAGGUUACCCUCAAAACUGAACCAAUGGAUGUCUUGGCUAUCAUCAUGAUAGUUAUUUCCUCUGGUGUUGGGCUGUCAUUGCUCGUCAUUAUCUCAGUUCUGGCCUGCUUCUCAACACAUGAACGGUUGAAGAUGUGCUUUUGGCCCAUGAUCCCCGACCCUGCCAACAGCAGCAUCAAGAGGUGGAGCACAUCGGAUUCAAUGCAGGAUAUCCCCCCUGUCCAGGACAUGCAGGAAUCCAGUCUGGUCUAUCUCUCCCAUCUCAGCCUCCUGGACCUGCCCAAGAAGGGUCUCGAGAAGAGGGGUGGCCAGAUCACUGAUGACCCCUGGUGCCGCUGCAGUGACACCAGUGACCUGGGGGAGUCCAUAUGUGGCUCCCCCCAUGCACUCAGCCCUAGCUACUUAGGGUCACACCAACACUCUGUUCCGUAUGCCACUGUGGUCUUUGAUAGCCCGUACUCAAGUCAGCCACCAAGCCAGUCCCAUGCCUACCUGCGCUCAGAGUCCACACAGCCACUCCUGGAGGACGAGCUCGAGGAGCCCUCAAGCCCAAAGGAGUACCAGAAUGUUCCCGUCCGUGGGGCAUCUGGGGAGCAAGUUUCCUUUAGAGAAUGCCAGGAUGACGGCCCAGGAAAGGGAGAGUUAUGCACUCUUUGGGAUGACUUUCCCUUGCUUAGGGCUUUGGCAAUGAAUGAUGUUCAAAGUGAAACCUAACCUCAGUGGUAUUGAGAUUUUGAAAUGUAUGCAAGAUAUAUGAGAUGUAUGUCAUAGAAUGGCAGAUACAUUUUCAACACCAAUUAUGUUUUCAAGACAGGGACAACAUGAUUGCCCAGUUUGUGGAUGUUAGUGCUAAAAGAAGUGUAAUUAAUCAAGUUUAAUAAAGUUUUAUUUUUCAUGAGUGUUCAAUAUUUUGCUCUUCUGGCCUAUUGUAAAUGAUCAAAUAAAUGUCUGAUCAAUACA